AUUCUAUUAGCAAUUAACGUGAUUUACGGCGUUAAAAUCGUGUUGCUCUCAUCUCCUUUGUUUGGAAAUAAGUGGGCGUGUGUUUCAGCUUCCCCUGAAAUACAAUCAGGAAGUUGUCCUGCGCCAUUUCCAUCGCUUCUACGCCAUCUCGAAGACCGUGCUUCUAGUUACAAUAAGAUUACGCCAUCAACAUCGUUGGACUCUUCUUCAAUUGAUCAAAAACCCACUGCAAUCUAUCUGCAUCGAGGUUUUCGGACAUACUUUAGUUCCACCAUCUACUAUGUACUAGAUAACGUCGUCGUGUUAGCUGUUGUCGAUUGUUGUAGUAGUAGUAGUAGUGAGGUGAACUAACGUCGUUGGCUAGCAGGUUAAAGUUAGCCUAGUUUAUAUUUUAGAACGAUUUGCUAGUAUCGUUGAUGUGUCCUCCCUCUCCACUUUGAAGUCAUGUUGGGCGAAUCACUAAGUCAUAUUGAACCAAAUCUGGACAACGUUGAAAACAAUAAGCCAUCAAUUUUGACUUCCCACCACGUCGGGGCAAGCCUAGGCAAAACAAGGCAAGCACUGUUGAAGAAAGGUGGCAGAAAAUUGCGUUCAACAACGUCAGGGUUGCAGCGGACACACCAGCAACCGCACCAAAAAACGCUGAGAAACAACCCCACGCGUCUUGCAGACAUCAACAACAACGUCGCAGCUCCGAAAGCCCCAAGUGCCGAGCUCGCGACCAACCGGACCCAGGCGACUGUGCUGACCCGUCACCAUAUUAAGCAGGGGACAAAGAAAGAGGUAUAUAUUCAGUUAAUUUAGUGAAGUAGAUGGUUUUCGUUCGUAUUCUAUGCUUGUACAUGUGGUUAUUUCUUUGUCCAUUGUUAGUAAAACAUUAUGCUGUUUUUAUCCUUAUAAACAUUAUGCUGUUUUUAUCCUUAUAAACAACACACGCAUUAUGCAACUUGACACCAAUUCGCUUGAAGCAGUGUGAUGGAUGGAGUCUUUUCCCCCUUUACUUUAUUCUGAAUUUGCACAUUGAUCUUCAGCCCACGACCCAAUUGUAAAAUAGUGUACUCGCUAGGUCAGGGUCCCCCCCCUCCCCCCCGGGUGCACGUGUUUUGGUUUUCCCCCCCAGUACUACAAAGCUGAUUUAAGUAAUCAAAGCUUGAUGAUGAGUUGGUUAUUUGAAUCAGCUGUGUAACUCUAGGCACAAACCAAAACGUGCAGUGAGGGGGCCCCUGGACCGAGUUUGGGAAACCCUGCACUAGGUGAAUGACAACUCCAUUCACAACAGUAUUCCAAAUCAAAUUUUAUUGGCCAAAUGCGCCGCAGACAUUACAGUGAAAGGCUUACUUACAGCCCUUAACCAACAGUGCAUUUAUUUUAAAUAAAAAAGUAAAAUAAAACAACAACAAAAAAGUGUUGAGAAAAAGAGCAAAAGUAAAAUAAAAUGACAGUAUGGAGGCUAUAUAUACAGGGGGGUACCGGUGCAGAGUCAAUGUGCGGGGGCACCAGCUAGUUGAAGUAAUAUGUACACGUGGGUAGAGUUAAAGUGACUAUGCAUAAAUAAUUAACAGAGUAGCAGCAGUGUAAAAACAUGGGGUGGGGGGGCAGUGCAAAUAGUCUGGGUAGCCAUGAUUAGCUGUUCAGGAUUCUUAUGGCUUGGGGGUAGAAGCUGUUGAGAAGUCUUUUGGACCUAGACAUGGCACUCCGGUACUGCUUGCCGUGCGGUAGCAGAGAGAACAGUCUAUGAUUAGGGUGGCUGGAGUCUUUGACAAUUUUGAGGGCCUUCCUCUGACACCGCCUGGUAUAGAGGUCCUGGAUGGCAGGAAGCUUGGCCCCAGUGAUGUACUGGGCCGUACGCACUAACCUCUGUAGUGCCUUGCGGUCGGAGGCCAAGCAGUUGCCAUACCAGGCGGUGAUGCAACCAGUCAGGAUGCUCUCGAUGGUGCAGAUGUAGAAUUUUUGAGGAUCUAAGGACCCAUGCCAAAUCUUUUCAGUCUCCUGAGGGGGAAUAGGCUUUGUCGUGCCCUCUUCACGACUGUCUUGGUGUGUUGUUACCUACCCUUACCACCUGGGGGCGGCCCGUCAGGAAGUCCAGGAUCCAGUUGCAGAGGGAGGUGUUUAGUCCCAGGAUCCUUAGCUUAGUGAUGAGCUUUGAGGGCACUAUGGUGUUGAAUGCUGAGCUGUAGUCAAUGAAUAGCAUUCUCACGUAGGUGUUCCUCUUGUCCAGGUGGGAAAGGGCAGUGUGGAGUGCAAUAGAGAUUGCAUCAUCUGUGGAUCUGUUGGGGACGGUAUGCAAAUUGGAGUGGGUCUAGGGUUUCUGGGAUAAUGGUGUUGAUGUGAGCCAUGACCAGCCUUUCAAAGCACUUCAUGGCUACAGACGUCAGUGCUACGGGUCGGUAGUCAUUUAGGCAGGUUAUCUUAGUGUCCUUGGGCACGGGGACUAUGGUGGUCUGCUUGAAACAUGUUGGUAUUACAGACUCAGUCAGGGACAUGUUGAAAAUGUCAGUGAAGACACUUGCCAGUUGGUCAGCACAUGCUCGGAGUACACGUCCUGGUAAUCCGUCUGGCCCUGCGGCCUUGUGAAUGUUGACCUGCUUAAGUCUUACUCACAUCGGCUACGGAGAGCGUGAUCACAUAGUCAUCCGGAACAGCUGGUGCUCUCAUGCAUGCUUCAGUGUUGCUUGCCUCGAAGCGAGCAUAGAAGUGGUUUAGCUCGUCUGGUAGGCUUGUGUCACUGGGAAGCUCGCGGCUGUGCUUCCCUUUGUAGUAUGUAAUAGUUUUCAAGCCCUGCCACAUCAGACGAGCGUCAGAGCCGGUGUAGUACGAUUCAAUCUUAGUCCUGUAUUGACUCUUUGCCUGUUUGAUGGUUCGUCGGAGGGCAUAGCGGGAUUUCUUAUAAGCGUCCGGGUUAGAGUCCCGCUCCUUGAAAGCGGCAGCUCUACCCUUUAGCUCAGUGCGGAUGUUUCCUGUAAUCCAUGGCUUCUGGUUGGGGUAUGUACGUACGGUCACUGUGGGGACGACAUCAUCGAUGCACUUAUUGAUGAAGCCAGUGACUGAUGUGGUGUACUCCUCAAUGCUAUCUGAAGAAUCCCGGAACAUGUUCCAGUCUGUGCUAGCAAAACAGUCCUGUAGCUUAGCAUCUGCGACAUCUGACCACUUUUUUAUUAACCGAGUCACUGGUGCUUCCUGCUUUAGUUUUUGCUUAUAAGCAGGAAUCAGGAGGAUAGAGUUAUGGUCAGAUUUGCCAAAUGGAGGGCGAGGGAGAGCUUUGUAUGAGUCUCUGUGUGUGGAGUAAAGGUGGUCUAGAGUUUUUUUUUUCCCCCUCUGGUUGCACAUUUAACAUGCUGGUAGAAAUGAGGUAGAACGGAUUUAAGUUUCCCUGCAUUAAAGUCCCCGGCCACUAGGAGCGCUGCCUCUGGAUGAGUGUUUUCCUGUUGACUUAUGGCCUUAUACAGCUCAUUCAGUGCAGUCUUAAUGCCAGCAUUGGUUUGUGGUGGUAAAUAGACAGCUAUGAAAAAUAUAGAUGAAAACUCUCUUGGUAAAUAGUGUGGUCUACAGCUUAUCAUAAGAUACUCUACCUCAGGCGAGCAAACCCUCGAGACUUCCUUAGUAUUUGAUUUUGUGCACCAGCUGUUGUUUACAAAUAUACACAGACCGCCACCCCUUGUCUUACCGGAGUCAGCCGUUCUAUCCUGCUGAUGUAGCGUAUAGCCCGCUAGCUGUAUGUUAUCCAUGUCGUCGUUCAGCCAGGACUCGGUGAAACAUAAGAUAUUACAGUUUUUAAUGUCCCAUUGGUAGGAUAACCGUAAUCUUAGGUCAUCCAAUUUAUUUUCCAAUGAUUGAAGAUUGGCUAAUAGGAUUGAUGGGAGCGGCAGUUUACUCGCUCGCCAUCUGAUCCUUACAAGGCACCCCGACCUACGUCCACGAUAUCUCCGUCUCUUCCUCAUGCGAAUGACGGGGAUUUGGGCCUUGUCGGGUGUCUGUAGGAUAUCCUUCGCGGCCGCCUCGUUGAAGAAAAAUUAUUUGUCCAAUACGAGGUGAGUAAUCGCUGUCCUGAUAUCCAGAAGCUUUUUUUGGUUAUAAGAGACGAUGGCAGAAACAUUAUGGACAAAAUAAAUUACAAAUAACGUGGAAAAACACACAUAAUAGUACAAUUGGUUAGAGGGCUGUAAAACGGCAGCCAUCUUCUCCGGCGCCAUUUUAUUCAGUUGGUAAGAGACAAACAUUCAGUAAAUACUAGGAAUAGAUUGUCCACCAUCUGUGUUAUCCAGACAGAAAAGAGAAAUAGGCAAAAUAACAUUUCGAUUUAGAGCAAUAAAGAAAUUGAAUAAUUUAUCUGAGCAGACCAGAAACAUUUCAAUAUAUAAAUUCUAGUAAUACUUUACAACCAUUUUAAAUAUAAUAAGUUGGAAGGUUGUACAGGACUAUGGUAGAUGAAGGAAUCAAUCUAUAUUUUCAGACUGAGUAUUAUCUGGUCAAUAUGUCAGUGUUAUGUCUGUUUGUAACAGUGUGUUAUAUGUGAAAAUGUGAUUGUAUUAUAAAUUGUAUUUUAAUGUUUAAUUACUCUUGGAAGAUUAGUCCAAAUGAGGACUAAAAGAGAUCCUAAUAAAAAGAAAUGACCGGUUUUUUUAAAAAACAGGUUGGGUUGGGGAACGCUGUCAGCAUAUAUACGUCACUCAUUGCUUCGAGCCACACCCACCAAACGGAUCAAACAUACCUCAAAGAAUGUUGAACGUUUUGGGGAAACUUGUUGGUCAGUACAAUCCGUUACGCAACGUAGCAAAUGUUUAAUCGAACUGAACUCUCCCCUGCGUUCUUGAACAGACUAUGGUACCUUUGGUGGGUGUGGCUUCAAGCAAUGACUGACAUAUUUUAAAGGGCAGUGGCCAGGUUGACUGUUCAAAACUCCUCCAUGUUUUUCAAGUUGUCAUUCAGAACUGUUUGGGUUUAAUUGAAUGUUGCGCACCAUUUUUCCGUACUGAAAGCAGCCCUGUUGACAUAGGAAUUUGAUACACUAUGUACAAUCAAUGUUUAUUAAAGGUUGACCUGAGGAGAUGUGCUACAGGUAUUUAGGUUACUUGUUAUGAAGGAUUUCAACGAUGCUGGCGAUGUGCCAGUUCCUGAGAUGUUUACAUAUUGCAUUGACACCAACAACAGAUGAGGUGGAACUGGAAAUGUUUCCUCAAGUGUUCUUCAGAGCAGUCAAAGUAGAAACUAUUUGCGUAACAGUUAGAAUGGUUCUGACAGUGUGAGAUUGUAACGUUUGUUUCUCUUUCCUCCCAGCUGCUGAAGUCAAAAAGUGGGAGAGUGGAGAGGGCCACAACACCAGGUGACCAGUCUGUCCACAACCUCCAUAGACUCGAUCAAGCUGCCCAAAAUCUCAACACCCGAAGGAGCAGGCACGUUAAUGCACCUUGCAAUGCUCCCUCAGUACAGAAAAAUGACAACAGCUGCCACCCGAAGCCCAAUUCUGCUCCCUUCCAGCUCCUCCGUAGAGAGGAGAAGAAUCCCUUCAACUCAGUUGACAAUGUCAAGAUCGUGAAUGUAUCCCCAGCUGAGCUUGUACCUGAGGAUGAGCUCAAAGACGGAGAGAAGAUCUAUGCUGGAGCUAAAUUCAGCGAGCCCCCAUCUCCAAGUGUCCUGCCCAAACCACCCAGUCAUUGGGUCGGCGAGACUGCCCCCCAACAUUCCGACCACAGCCGAGAGCAAAUUACUUUUCAUUUGAAGUCUCUGCUGAAGGUUCAAGAUAAACCAUGAUCUCAAUGGAUGGAAAAUCUUGUCAAAAGGAUCCUUCUUUACCUGAUCAAUGACAAGAAAUUUGGCACUGAAGAAUUUGGACUCUGAAAGAACUGGAACUAUAACUUAACAGCAACAGAAUGUAAUGAGUUUUUGAUCUGUAAUACAAUUUCACAUGUUGUUUUGAGCAAGCGGCCUUGUUUUUGUGGGGAUUUUUUAUGAACUUGUGUAAAUGUAUAUACUGUAAACAUGUAAUAUAAGUGUAUAUUUUUCAUGUUAUUUUAACAGAAAGUAUAGUUUUGUUACUGAAGCCUAAAAAAAGAUGUUCACCUUGAGCUGGUGCACUAUUUUACUGUUCCAAUAAUAGGCCGCAUUAAACGUAAGAGAUUUUCUUACAAAUUUGCACAAGACUGACUGAACCAACACGGGUCCCCAUAGUGGCAAGCAUAGAGUUGUGUGAAUGUUUGGGGUUCUGUGAACCUCGGCCCACCAGUUGUGACUGCUAUUGCCCUGAAUGCACUGCAGGGAGGACCCACAAUCUUCAGGGAACUCUCUGGAAGGAUGGUCUAGAACACGGUAACCUCGGCCCUAGGCUCAACGACAGAGGGAGCCACCUGGGUGGACGAGAUUAAGAAGAUGGAGUGACAAAUGUGAGUCUCAAAAUCAAGAAUUCCCCCUCCGACGAGGAGGACAACUGCCGCUGCAGGCAACAGACAUUCAGCACUGACUGAGUGCCCUUUGUUUUGAAUCUCUAGCACUGACACGUUUCUGUUAUGUUUUCUUAGAGUUUUGGUUUUGUCUUUCAUAUGCCUUUCAUUUGCCCCCUGAUCACCAGUGUUGUGUUCCAUCUAAAGCACUGAGAAUGUUUACCGGAAGUAAGAUGUAUGAUCAUUUAGAGUGACAUUAUCUUUAUUAUUAUGUAACACACCUUUGACCCCUUCCCUCUGGAGCUAGGCAGCUGCUAAUUCUUGUACCUUCACUCAGUGUCACACACAAAUGAUGAAAUUGUAUUACUGUACCAAAGACUUACACAUUUUUUUUGCAAAUGUUCAAAAAGUUAUUUUAGUCCAGUGACUAAAUUUGUAUACAUCUUAAAGCAAUACACUCACAUUGCAAUUAUAACUGUUUUUUUAAUUUUAUGAUGCAUUUCAUAUCUAAAUUCACAUUAAAAUAUUGGCUACCCCCUAUA